AUGGAAAACACGGGGAAGCGCCUGAAACAACUGUCAAAACUGUUUGUUCUUCUAAACUUUAUGACACUAAAGACCAAUGCCAUUGAGACAGUGAACCUUGUGGACUUCUGCGGCCAGACCAUCCGCGGGGACGGAAUGAUCGUCAACUCCCACCAGGAGUCCCGGAAGUACUACUUUGUCACCAUGGGGACGGACUGCCACUUCACAAUGCAGGCCGCCUCCCCCAGUGACAAGGUGCAGUUCCACUUUCGCUUCUUCCUGGUCUACAGCCUACUGCGGGUCUCCCCCCUCAGCCAGCCGCCCCUGAGCCCCACCCCGCUGCUCCCGCAGGCCUCGCGGAGCCUCCCCCCGCCGGGCUCCGCCAAUCCCGGAGCUCGCCUGGAGCCCACGCCCGGGGAGGGCGCGGGGGACCCCUGCCACGCCGGCUCCUAUAUUCAGUUCUACGACGGGAAGGACAAAUCCUCUCCCCCCAUCGGCCCCCCGCUGUGCGGGAAGACCCUGCCCAGGCCCGUCCUGUCCACGGGGAACUACCUGACCCUGCGACUGAUGACCAGGGGGACGCAGCCCCGGGUGGACUUUGUGGGGGAUUUCACAUCUUUCAGGCUGGGAUUCAACCAAUCAGAGUGUAGCAGGGAGCCCUAUUUCACUUGCAGAAACGGGAAGUGCAUUCCCAUGAGUCUGGUGUGUGACAACAAAGGCAUAGAUAACUGUGGUGAUGGCAGUGACCAGGCAGUCCAGCCCCCUGCAAAUUGCAAAGGCGAGCACUCCACAGCGAGGUCCAGGCAACAGGGAGUGACGCCGCCAUCACCCAUUUUAAAUCCGCCCACUUUAGCUCUCUCCACCAAUAGGAGCUGUGGGACGCCAGACAAGGGUGCGAAGCAAGACUCUGUAACAGACUCGCAGAGCUACGCGUCGCUGCUGGCCCUGUACGUGGCGCUGGGGGUGGUGGCGGGCGCGGUGCUGCUGUGCUGGUGCUGCUGGUCGCCGGGGUGGUUCCUGUGGAGGGUGAGCGUCUGCCGCUUCCUGCCCUGCUGCAACUCCGCCUGCGCCUCCUGCCAGCUCUGCACCCGCAGCUGCUCCCGCUCCCGCUCCCGCCAGGACCUCCGCCCGGGCAAGGUCACGCCCCAGGGGGACACCGCGGCCACCACUGUGGCCGUGUAA